AUGGCAGUCAACAACUUCUCUCAGAUCACUGAAUUCUACCUGCUGGGAUUUCCAGGACUUCAUCCACAGUAUUAUGGGGCUGUGGGAACCUUUUUACUCUUUGUUUAUGUAAUACUGGCAAGUGGAAACAUUUUAAUCAUUUCAUAUAUUGUUAAUGAAAGACGCCUUCAUAAACCCACCUACAUGAUCUUCUGUAAUCUUGCAGUGUGUGAUCUUUUGUUUGGAAACGUCAUUCUGCCCAGAACAGCUGCAAAGUAUCUUGCUAACAAUGAUUAUGUACCAUUUAAUUUAUGUUUAGUACAAAUGUUUUUUGUUCAUUACUUAGGGGCAGUUAGUGCUUUUAUUUUACUACUAAUGGCCCUGGAUCGGUUUGUUGCAGUAUGCUACCCUCUUCGAUAUCCUGCAAUUAUCACAAAUCAGCAUAUUACAUAUGCGUGCACAGUGUGUUGGUUGUUUAUUUUAGUAAUUUUACCAUUAAUUACUUAUCAAACUAAGAAACUUAAUUUCUGUACUACGAAUGUAAUAAGUAAUUGUUUCUGUGAUUUCAAUUCAUUAGAUAAAAUUGGCUGUGGAGAUCAGACAGAGCUGAAGACUAAUGUUCUAGGUGUUGGCUUGUUUUUUCUUUUAGGUCCUCUAAUAUUUAUCAUAUUUUCAUACAUUGCCAUCAUCAGAUCUGUUUUCAAACUCUCAAGUGUUCAGGCCAGAUUUAAAACAUUUUCCACAUGUGCCCCUCAGCUUUUAAUCAUAUGUUUUUACUUUUUGCCUAGAUAUAUUGUGCAUCUAUGUAAUGUAACCACAGGUGUUCAAAUUGUGCUUGUUAUGUGGUACAGUAUUCUCCCACCUGUUGUUAACCCAAUUAUUUACUAUCUGAAAACUCAGAAAAUCAAGGCCGUCUUUAUUAAGAGAGUGAGAGGGAAAAAGGCAACCUUCAGCUGA